AUGUAUCUGUUAUCCCUUCUGGGGGAUAUAGGCGCAUCAAAUCCUGCACACGCAGGGAACCGGUUCCUGGGAAUCGUCCCGCCAUCCGAAUUCCCAGAGAAUAACCCAGAGAACAACUCAAAGGACAAUCCAGAGGACGACCCAGAGGACGACCCAGAGGACGACCCAGAGGACGACUCAGAGGACGACCCAGAAGAAAUUGAAGACGGCAACGAACUGGAGAAGACCCAGCACAUGGAGGAAAUUGAAGAAACUGAGACUGACGAAAUGAAGGACAUUCAGCAAUGGGAGAAGAACAAUAUCAAGGACAUACAGUACAGAAAUGAAGAUGCCGACGAAUUCCAGGACAGCAUGAACAACGACAAGAUCCUGGAGAUGUUACUCGAAGGAGACAGAGAUUUAUUCGACGACCAAGAAAUUGUGAUAGAAGAUAAUGAAUAUCCAUGA